AUGUGGUUUCAAAUUCUAAAUAAAUGUGCUUUGGAUUUAAUUGCUCUCAGAAUUGAAGGCAUUAACGAGGAACUGGAUAAGAUCACUACACAGAAGGUUGAAAUUACUGCUCUCCUCACAGCACGGAUUGAGGUGAAAAAUUUCCAAAGACUAACACAGGAAAUCACCGUGAGCAUCUCCACACUAAACAAGGAGCUUGAAAGUAUCAAAAUUCAUACAUUUAAGAGAGAUACAUUGGAUUACCAAUACGACAGAGUCUACACAUGGAAACAACAGACGCAACAAAAAAUAACAAGGAAACCAGUACAACAAUCCUCUUCAAGAGAAACCCUAUCUGUAGGAAGAUCUUUUUUAGGGGGUUCAGCCCCCACAAGAUGUGGCAACAGGGGUACCUCCAGCUACAAAAAAAGACAAGCGGGAAACACGCAGGGAAGCAAUGAAGAGAGGGUCAAGAGACAAGGGGUACUUAACCUCUCUAACUAUACAUUGACUGAGUAUCAAUCUAAAGCACUAAAUAAAGGCUUUAAUUUUGUGCCUUCUAAUAAGUUUGGCAAAUGUAACUGUAUAGUUGAUCUUUGUCGCAUUCAUCUUUCUGUUUUCUUUCUAAACCCAGUCCAGCGAAGGCCAGCAGCAGCAACAAGACAAUGACCCAGCGGUGGAUGCAUUCGGAUUUUCAGGAUCCCAAGAGUUUCAGGUUAGCUUGGAGUUUUGUAGACACAGAAUCACUUUCUUUUCUUUAGUACCAAACAGUUCAGUACAAACAUUCACAAACUUAGUGAGAUCCAAAAAUGAGCAGCUACCAUGGCAUAAUCAGGAAAUCAAACAUAUCUCUCUGAAAGAGAAACAAGCACAGAAAGAGUUGUCUCAGAACCCUGAGAUUGUUAUCAAGCCGGCUGAUAAAGGUGGUUUGAUAGUAAUAAAGGACAAAAAUAAUUAUCAUACAUUAAUUAUGAGGCAGCUGCUUGAUAGAACAAAUUAUAAAAUUCUUAAAAAUAACCCUAAAGCGCAUAUCUCUUGUUAAACAUGUUUCCAGUUACACCAGUAUUCUAUAUUUUACCAAAAAUACAAGAAUGCUACCGAUAGUUGCAGGAACUGAUUCAAUCUUCCAGCCAUUGGCAAUAUAUAUUGAUUAGUUCCUCCAACCACUGGUGACCUUGGCAAAAUCAUACAUAAAGCACACUAAAGACUUCCUGACUAAGAUAUGCAACUUGAGAAUAGCACCUACUGUACCUACUGAACCUACCGGUUGGUUACAUUCGAUGUUUCAAACAUUUACACAUCAAUUCCACAUGAGGAGGGAUUAGUGGUGAUAUGGAAAAGACUGUCAAGGAUCCUUCAUACUUUCUCAAAUGCCAAUGUGGUUUAGGUAAUGUGGGCAAAACAAUACAUGCAUUAAAAGACUGCAUCUUACAAUACAAAACCACUAUCCGUAGUCCUGAAGCAGACACCCUUGUAGCUCGAUACUUCAGGAAAAUGAGGCACAAUGUGUCUCAACUCAGGUACAAGGUUCUUGAAAGGGUACUCCCUUUAGUGAGAGGAGUCAAUAGGGAAAAGAUCCUUCUACAUAACGAAGUCUGUUGGACAUACCUGCUGGAUACAGUGGCCCCUCAUGGUCUCAAUUAAAAGCUUGAGUGGCACUGGUUCAUGUAGGUAUGUCAAUUUUUGCACCCACCGGAUGGCGAGUCUUGUAAGUAUAUUCACCCACUAUUGUUUACCUUAGGUUUCUUCCUAUGGUCUACUUAGUUAUUUUAGUAGAUCAUUUUGCUCUGUAACAGUGCUACUGUCUCUUUAAAUGUCCUUUGUUGACAUCAGUCCUUUCCUUUCUACCAGAUGUGCUCCAUCUAGUCCCCACUACUUUGUGGGGGUGUUCUUUGUUUGAACCCUACUUAUUUUCAUUCUGGUUGGGAUUAGACUCUCUGUAUAUACUUUUUGCAUAUAUUAUAUGUAUGUUGCUAUUACUGUUGAUCUUUUGACCAACAUUCAAGUGGGUGAGCACUUGGGAAAUAGUGAUCCCAAUAUAGUUUUCUUUGAAAUAAACUCAAAAAAACAAAAGCACAUGGCGUAUACUAAAACAUAUAAUUUUAAAAAGGCAAAUUUCUAUAAGUUAAGGGCAGCUUUACAAUAUAUUGACUGGCAUAAACUCUUUAGUGAAAAGAACACUGAGGAUAAAUAGAACAUCUUCCAACAAAUAUUAGAAAGGUACAUUUCUCAGUAUAUACCAUUGGGUAAUAAAUAUAAAAGAAACAAAUUAAAACCAAUGUGGCUGAGUAGAGAAGUAAAACAAGAGAUUAAAAAUAAGAAAAGGGCAUUUAAAGUAUUUAAAUCGGACAAAUCAGAUGCAUCUUAUAAAAGAUAUAAGGAAGCCAAUAAUGCAUGCAAAAAGGUGAUUAGAUUUGCUUAACUUCAAAUUUAAAGAAUGAUAGCUAAAGAGUGCAAAACCAACCCCAAAGCAUUUUUUAAGUACAUAAAUUCUAAAAAAGCAAAAAAAUUUAAGUGUAGGUACACUAAAAACUGAAACGGGGGUGUUAGUUAAUGAAGACCAGGAAAAGGUAGGGAUUUAAAAUAACUAUUUCUCCUCCAUAUAUAUUAAGAAAGAACCUAUGGCAAUAGAUGUGCAAAUGAUUUCUACUAAAAACUUGCAGAAUAAUUGUAAUUGGUUAACUCAAGACAAGGUGCUGCUGCAACUCAAGAAAGUUAAUAUAAACAAAGCUCCAGGGCCUGACGGUAUCCAUCCACGAGUACUUAAAGAACUAAGUGUAGAAAUAUGUGAACCUCUGUUUUUAAUCUUUCAAGAUUCUUUUCUUUCAGGAAGUGUUCUCGAGGAUUGGAGGAAGGCAGAUGUGGUUCCUAUAUUCAAAAAAGGUUCAAAAUUCUUGCCUGGAAAUUAUAGACUGGUGAGCUUAACUUCUGUGGCUGGGAAAAUAUUUGAAAGGUUAUUAAGGGAUAAUAUUCAAGAAUUCCUUGAGAAGAACAUGGUUAUCAGCAAAAAUCAGCAUGGUUUUAUGAAGCACAGGUCAAGUCAAACGAACUUGAUUGUGUUCUACGAAGAAGUAAGUAGAAGUAUAGAUCAGGGUGUUGCAGUGGAUGUGAUCUAUUUGGAUUUUGCCAUUUGAUACAGUUCCACACAAUAGAUUAGUGUUCAAACUCAAAGAAAUCGGUCUAGAUGAAAAUGCUUGUUCUUGAGUAGAACAUUGGCUUAAAAAUAGAGUACAAAGAGUUGAAAUUAAUGAUACAUUUUCAAGCUGGACAGAGGUGGCAAGUAGUAUCCCUCAGGGGUCUGUCCUGGCACCCCUUCUAUUUAACCUGUUUAUAAAUGAUCUUGAAGAAAGCAUUGAAAGUCAUGUUUUAGUGUUUGCAGAUGACACAAAACUCUGUAAAAUAACACAAUGUGAGCAAGAUAUUACUUUGCUGCAGAGGGAUUUAGAUAGACUGGGUGACUGGGCACUCAAAUGGCAGAUGAAAUUUAAUGUUGAAAAAUGCAAAGUUAUGCAUGUUGACGUAAAUAAUACACAAGCAACGUAUACCCUUAAUGGAAGCGAAUUAGGGAUAACAACACACUAAAAGGACUUGGGAAUUGUUAUAGAUAACAAACUAUGCAACAAUGUGCAAUGUCAAUCAGCCGUGGCCAAGGCCAGUAAGGUAUUGUCAUGCAUGAAAAGGGGCAUUCAUUCUCGAGACAAGAAUAUAAUUGUGCCUCUUUAUAAUUCAGUGGUAAGACCACAUAUUGAAUAUGCUGUGCAAUUUUGGGCACCUGUUCUAAAGAAGGAUAUUAUGGCACUAGAAAAAGUGCAGAGGCGGGCUACAAAAUUAAUACAAGGAUUGGAACAUAUCAGCUAUGAAGAAAGGUUAAUACAUUUAAACCUAUUUAGUUUAGAAAAACGUUGCCUGAGAUAACAUUAUACAAAUAUAUUUAGGGCCAAUACAAACCAUUGUGUGGAAAUCUAACAAACCGGACUUUACAUAGGACACAAAGUCAUGCGUUUAGACUGGAAGAAAGAAGAUUUUGUCUAAGGCAAAGGAAAGGUUUUUUUACUGUAAGAACAAUAAGGAUGUGGAAUUCUCUGCCUGAAGAAGUGGUUUUAUCAGAGUCCAUACAGAUAUUCAAACAGCUACUAGAUGCAUACUUGCAAAAACAGAAUAUUCAAGGACAUAAUAACUGCUUGAUCCAAGAAUAAAUCUGACUGUCAUUCUGGGGUCAAGAAGGAAUUUUUUUCCUAGCUUGUUGCAAAAUUGGAAGUGCUUCAAACUGUUUGUUUUUUUUGCCUUCUUUUGGAUCAACAUCAAAAACAAAUGUGAGGAAGGCUGAACUUGAUGGACACAAGUCUCUUUUCAGCUAUGUAACUAUGUAACUGUUUUUGUGCACUGUUCAUUUGGAUUCCUUCUGAUACCUAGUUAUUAUUCUUUUUCUUUCCCAAUAUUUUACUUUAUUAUAUUAUGAGCUACUCUUUUGUUGCAUUGUAAUAGGGCUUGCACCCAUUUAAUGUUUAUAUGACCUUUUGUGCUCUUCUAUUUGCUCCUAUUGAGAAAUCUUUAUCUGUUCUCGAUUGCUUUGCCAUAGUUUGAUGCUUUCUGAUCUCCUAGGAGAUCAGUGUAGAACGUUUCCUUACAUUUGUUUAUUGUUUCUUAGCAACAUGACGUCAUGACGCACAACAUCAAGUAUGACGUCAUCAUGCACGACGUGAUGCCAGUGGCAUACUGGGAAAUGCAGCAAAAUGUCCACCGAACCCCAGGAGGUCAAUAA